AUGAUUCCUUCGAAUAUACUAGGUGUGCUAACCCCUGCUGAAGGUUCAAGAAAAAUACCUGAUGAAGAAAAGUGUCUUGCUUGUCAGUUAAUGGGAUCAGCAUUAUGUCUUGCCGGAGGUAUAUAUUUCAUGUCCGAAAUUCCAUUUCAAGGGUCCAAUGCCUCUACCAAAAAGAAUCCUCUAUGGUGGAAAAAUUCGGUGAAAUCAGCCGGUUUAGGGUUGUUUGGGUAUGGUAUUUACCGUGGUGGCGAGGGCUGGCUAUGGAAUAAAGACAUAAAAUACAAAGAUACGCUUUUUUAA